UUGCUUUUUUUACACAAUUAUUAUACCUACACCAACCAAACUCAACAAAGAAGGAAAAAGAUUUGAAAGAAAAAAGAAAGAGAGAACAUGGGAAAUUGUCUACGGCGAGAAUCCUCCAUGCAAUGGGGCGGUGACGACUGGGGAUCACCAGCACCGGAGGUCCAGCUCUUCUCUAGCAGUACAAGGCAUGUAAGGCAAGAAAAUAUUACGAACAUAGAAGAGAAAGGGCUUCUUAUAGGAGAUAACAAAGGUACAACAAUAUCUCCAACUAGUGCUGCUGCUGCUGGUGCUACUACAUCAUCAUGUAGAGAAUUAAAGAUCAAGAUUACAAAGAAACAGCUAGAGGAGUUGCUUGGUAGGGUUGACAUGAACGAAUUAUCUAUAGAACAAGUUUUGGUACAGUUGGUGAAGGUUAGCGACUCAUCAUUUGAGACACAUCGACGGUCGUGGAGGCCUAAUCUACAAAGUAUUCCGGAGUGAUACAUAUAUAAAUAUGGUGAUGACCCAUUACAUAGCCUUUCUCUGCUCCAUUUUUUCUUGUUAGAUCUAGCUUAAUCAGUUAAUGUACAUUAUAUAUAGAGUGUUCUCUAUGGUUCGAAUUCAUGGUCAUUUUGUAAGAUAGGUUUGUCCGGUAUAGAUCAACCAGAAAGCGUCUCUGUCUGUAGGGCUUGUUCAUUGUGUAUAUGCAUAGAAAACUAAUGCUUGAUUCCAGUUCAAGAAUUUUUGUUUGUUCUUCUUUUUCGUUAAUGCAAUCUUUGAUUGAUUUUCAUUGAA